UGGUAUAUUUCAACGGUGGCGACGGGGUCACACUGGAGGAAAUUAAAAAAUUAAUUUAAUUAACCCAAAGGACUUAAAAGGCACCCUCAACGUACGGCCAUCGCUGGCGACAUGGAAGCGGAUCACCUGAAACGUCUGGAGGCCAAGGACGCGGAACACAUCGCCGCCAUCCUGGGCGAGUUCAACACGAAGAACGCGGACCUGCUGGUCUUCGACAGCUUCCGCACGGACAACCUGUGGCACGAGCUGUGGCUGGCCAUCUUCGGCAUCCUGGAGGACCAGCGGCUGGCUCACCUGCACACGCAGUGCCUGAACACGGUGAGGAUUCUCACUCGCGACGAGUUUAGCCUGCAGACGAACUACAUCGAACAGGAGGUGAACACGCUGCUGCGGCUGGCCAGGAUCGAUGCGGGCUCACUCAAGCUGCCGGCCACCCCUGACGAGCUGAAGCAGCAGGAGCGCGAGGAGCCGCCCAGUCAACUGGACGAGCCCAGCCAGGCGCAGUCGGAGGUGAUAGCCGAGGCACUGAAGUGCCUGUGCAACCUGGUCUACCAGAGCUCCGACUGCCGGCGCCAGUGCAUGCGACAGCACUGCCUGGACGCGAUCCUCAAGCGGGUGGCCUCCUCCAUGCGGCAUCCCUGCGCCCUGGAGUACUACGACAUGAAGCUGCUCUUCCUGCUCACCGCCCUGGAGCCGGCGGCUCGGUCACGCCUCCAGAUCGAUCUCAACGGGCUCACCUACAUGACCAAGUGGCUGGACGACAAGCUGGGCGAGGAGGUCGCCGGCGAGGAGCAGCUGAACAUUAUCUGCGAGCUGCUCAAGGUGAUGUUCAACGUGACCAGUGCCCCGGACAAGAGUCCCAACGAGUACGAGAUCCAGAGCUUGCAUUUGACGGGAGUGCUGCGCGAGCUGCUCCUGCGCUUCGGAGACAUGGCCACGGACAAGGACCGGGCCGUGGUCACACACGCCAUCAAUCUGCUGACUAACAUCUCGGGCAGCUGCCUCACCGAACUCACCCUGCGCUGCUCCAACGCCGAAGUGGAGUCCCUCAAGGAGAGGGAGCAGGACAAGGUUAACGAGAAGGCUAAGGAAAAGGAUUUAGAGGCGGGAGCCCGGGCCAAGCCGCUCCAGUGUUGCUCCCAGUGCUUCGAGAAGCGCAAUGUUCACUGUCUGGACAUUCUGCUCCGCUAUCUGCGGCAAUCCCUGGCCCAGCAGGAAGCCGAGGCCAGCUCGCACGAGCUGCUCUCGCCGGUGCUAACUGUGCUGGUGAAGUGCGCCCGCAGCGACCGGGUGAUGCGUCACUAUCUACGCCAGGAGAUCCUGCCGCCGCUGCGGGACGUGAGCCAGCGACCGGAGAUUGGCGAGGAGCUGCGCAACCAUCUGUGCCGCUUCCUCACACUGCCCGCCAUGAUUCUGCGCGAUCUGUCCGCCGAGCUGCUGUUCGUGCUGUGCAAGGAGGACGUGGGACGGAUGAUCAAGUACACCGGAUAUGGCAAUGCGGCCGGACUGUUCGCCAAGCGGGGCAUACUCGACUGCCGGCGGGUGGAGGGCGCCGACUACUCCUCCGAUAGCGAGGACAGCGACACCGAAGAGUACAAACAGCAGCAGCAGGGCAUCAAUCCCGUGCUGGGCUGCGUGGAGCCGCGCAGCAGGUCGCACCUGGACGAUAUAAGUGAGGAGCAGAAGGAGUACGAGGCCCUGCAGCUGGUCAAUCUCAUCGAGCAGCUGCGUCAGGGCGGGAUAGUCAAGCCGGCGCUGAUCGACAAGGAUGGACGGCCGCAGCCGCUGGAGCACAUCCUCCAGCUGCAGGAGGAGCUGCCGCAGCAGCAGAUCGACCAGAAGCGGAAAACCUAAGCCCAGAACGAGUCCCGGGAUCUGCUAUGGCACAACUUCCAAAAAGCUACCAAAUAAUCACCCUAAACUGCAUUUAUUUAAUAGGUCUACUAUCAAAUGUGGCUUUGAAUGUGUUCCAGAAGCAGAAUAGCUUCUCAUUGAUUUCGCUUCAGUGCUCUGUAUUAUCUGUCGGUAAAAUUAAGGAUCGAAUUGUGAAAUUUAGUUGAAUGGUUACCUCUAAACACUGCUCCGAGAACAUCUCAUUAUAAUCCACAUUUUUGUAUUCGAAAACGAAGUAUUCUCCUUUGGAUUUCCAUGCAAGCUAUAAGUACUUAAUCUUUUAGUUCGGAAACGAUCUGUCUUCUAAAUGUUGUAGCUAAACUGCCUAUUAUUGCUAGUGCUAGCUGAAAUCACUAUUAUCCAUGGUAUUGCCAAAUUUGUAGAAAUAUGCCACUUUACAAAACUAUUAGCCACUAGUUGGCCCUGUUCUCUUUGCCAUUGCUUUGCUCAGCAAUUUGGAGUUGACACCAUAGCAUCCCAACCCGUAGAUAAUGUGCCGCUGAUCGGAUAACUUAAUGCAAAACAAUCGUUGGGGUCUUCCAAUUCGGGGAGUGGGGAGCAGAUCAACACACACGAAACGAAAAGAAACCAAAACUGAAUUAUAUACAGACGAUCGCGCAUCGAUCAACAGGUAGGCAAAUCUUUGACUAAUCUCUGUAGCCCUAAGUGCAUGUAUUUAUAAAAUCCCACUCUUACACUUCGACCUAAGUACGGGCUCGAGGAAAGGCUCCCGCGCAGGUUCUCCGGGAACUGGGAACUGUCUUGUAAGACCCACAUACUUCACUCCCGAUGCUCGAAUCAUAAACUCUACGGUAACUCUAAGAUCUAGCUGUACCAACCACAAAGUGAGGCGCCCCUGGCCGUCACUCAUCCCAUAUUGUUUGUAUCCAAAGCUAAUCUAUGUUGUAAACUCCGCGUCAAGAGGGUAAGGAAAGGAUUCCAAAACUUUUUAAAAGUCACGUGUCUUUGAUCUAUAUACAGGAAGUCCUAUAUAGAGCUUUAUUGUGUUCAAUUUGCUAUAGCGAUAGAGACCUAUAUACAACAUACAUCAGAACGCAGUAAUAUUUGUUGCCGUUAAUGUGUGUGCGAGUCUUAAUGUGCGUCUAUCCUAAGCUUAAUAAUAAAUCAAUCAACUUCUUGCUAGAUCAAUCGAA